ACAGGGUUAGUAAAAUUUCAGCCCAUUAUAUGAAGUCUGUGUAGGUAAAAUGUAUGGUUGUGCACUUUAAUCAAUGAAAUAUGAGCAGAUUGAUUUUCUCGCUAACAGAGACUCUGGAACUUAUUUUCCACAGUGGUGUGAACGUGAAAGCACCACAAAAGACUCAAGUCCUCCUUUAUAGUUGUGUUUGGCGUGGCAUCUUUAGCCCGCCUCAGCCAAGUCCUGUGACCCAUUUGUGACAACAUGGCAGGGACUCCUGGACUUUGCCUCCUCGACAACAAAUGUCAGACUUCUUCAGUAUAAAUAGGCAACGCAAGCGGACACGAUCCACAAAGAGACGCACACACGACAGCAGUCAUGAGGGUCUUUGUUUUGCUCGCUUUGACUUUGGUUUCUGGCUGCAAUGGCAACUUGUUCCACGCUGAUGCGCCCAAGCCUCCUAUGGAGGCUCUGACCGACGCAUUCUGGGACUACAUCGCCAAGGCCAGCAAGACGGCCGACGACACCCUGGAGAUGGUGAUGAAGUCGGAGUUUGGAGCUGAAGUCAACGCUCAGCUAGCCGAGACCGCUGACAUGGCCAGCAAGUACGCCAGCGCCCUUAAGGAGAAGCUCCCCCUGGCCGCUCAGGGCCUGGUGGCCAAGAUCGGCCGCGAGGCAGACGUCUUGAAAAAGGUGCUGAGCCAGGACCUGGGCUCAGUCACCAAGAAGGUUGAGCUGUACUCGAAUGCCGUGAAGGCGCAGAUUCAGGAGAGGCUGGAUCAGCUGAGGCAGGAGCUGGCGGCUUACGCCGACAACAUGGAUUCGGACCUCCUCAAGUGGCGCAGCGAGGAGCUGAUGGCCGGCCUGAUGAGCAGCAUCUCCGACGCGGAGCGCAACCUCCAGCCCUUCACACAGGAACUGAUGAAUCAGGUUGACGCACACCUGGUGGCCUUCCAGCACAACAUUAGCCCCAUGGCCGACAGGUUGCAGACAGAGCUUUACCACGGAAGCAGACAGGUGCAACGUGUGGUGGCCCCCUAUGCCGAAGACCUGAAGGAGAAACUGGACCAUUUCGCGAUAGAUCUCCAGGAACACCUCAAGGCCUUGGUUACCAGCAACUAAGUAUAACCCGGGAUUCACUUUGAAAUGUCAUCCCAAUUGCACUCUCACUGAAAUCUAAUUUCUAUAUAUCCCUGAACUCAAUUUCUGGACAAUUAUUUAUUUUUUUGAACUCUGUUGCUGUGUGAUUAUUUUUUUAAGCAAAAUAAAUACAAUUCUCAUCAAACAAA